AGUCACGUGAUCUAUAUAUUGCUCGAAAACAGGUUCAUAUACCAAUCCCUGCAAGCUAUGAAUUAUACUAGCACAAAGCAUUCUCCCGAUGAACCCUGCCAGUGCUGACAAUGUUGGCCCUCACCUAGAAUUUGAUCUCUGGCUACAAAAACGAUCUUCGAAUUUAAAGAACCACCCUACUCGUUACGAGGCAUCCCUGUAUGGUCAUAUGACCUCAUUGAAAAUAUGUCCAUUCACCAAAAUGACAUCGGGCGCCAACGGUCAGAUUUACAAAUGUAGCUGCCGACACCUCCAAGUGUACUGAAAGAACAUAUUGAUGUGACUCGUAAUUUGGACCACCGAAAUUCAUGGGUUGGAAAAACAUGGCCGUGACAGGUGUUGCAUUACUACCGGUAAAAGUCUUAGGUGUAUGUUCAGAGCUGUUGCCUACAAGACAAUGGUUUGUUGAGC